UUAUAAAUUGUCUGAUCAAAAAUUGCCUAUGGGUACAUAGAGAUGACAACACUGUAUUCCAGAUGGAGCGCACCCGGGUGUUUCCCAGCAGCUUUGGAAAGAGCUUCAAUUUCAACAUCUCUGAGGAGAGUGCCAUACAUCUUGACAGCAGCUUGGAACCUCACAUGGAACUAACUCAAAAGCAGCAGCUGGCUGAAACAUGGCAAUUUCAGCAUGUACUAGGAAAAAAACACAAUGAGAUGGCAUCAGCCAUUGCCCUGCGCACAUCCCAGCAGAAACCACUAUUUGGAUCUCUUUUGCAAGACGUGUGUGAGAACGACGAGCUGCCACAAGCCAUUUUGGAGAUGUUCUUCAUAAUUGAUCAAAAGGGUCCUGCCACAAAGACCAUCUUCAGUCAAUGCGCCAACUGGGAAGACUGUCAAGCCCUAAAGGAGAAGUUAAACUCUAGAGAGCAGGUCAACUGGGAAGCCACAUGCCCUAUUUUGGUAGCAACCGUCUUGAAGGAUUUGCUUCAAAACAUACCUGGAAGUAUACUUACAGCCAACUUGUAUGAAGACUUCAUUGGAGUUGUGGAGGAAGGGAAUGAGGAGGCCAAGAUAACCAUAAUUAAGAGACUUUUCCAACAACUGCCAAAACCAAAUCUUCGUCUCCUGCAAUCCAUCUUUUGCUGUAUACACAAGAUUUCACAAACUUCACCUUCAGAGGAGAUGACAAGUUCUAACUUGGUGUGGUGCAUCACCCCGAGUCUUUUAUGGCCAUCAGUGGCCAGCAUCUCAGAUAAAGGAACAGAAUGGAAGGGAAAGGUUGCUGUUGUACAAUUUGUGCUUGAUCACUACUUCAGGAUUUUUGGAAACAACCUUACUGCAACCAAUCAAGAGAAUACAAAACACCGGGACAACUACCCUGGAGUUUCUGAAACAUGUAGUAAUCUAAAAACUGUGCAAAUGAAGUUUAGUGAACAGACUUCCACAUCCAACAAUUCUCCCUCAGGUUCUCACCUGAAGCCAGCUCAAAAACAGCACUCUUUUAAAAAGUGGCUAUUCCAGCGUGUCUUAAGCAGAAACCACAAGGUGACACCAGCAACUGCUCUGCACACAUACCCGCAAACACCGCUAUUUGGAUCACUUUUGCAAGAUGUAUGUGAGAAUGACAAGCUGCCACAGCCAGUUUUGAAUAUGUUUUCCAUAAUUGAUCAAAAGGGUCCUGUUACAAAUGCAAUCUUCAGCAAAUGUGCCAACUGGGAAGACUGUCUAGCCCUAAAGGAAAAAUUAAACUCUAGAGAGCAUGUCGAUUGGGAAACCACAUGCCCUAUUUUGGUAGCAACCGUCUUGAAGGACUUACUUCAAAACAUACCUGGAAGUGUACUUACAGCUGACCUAUAUGAGAAAUUCAUUGACAUUCUGGAUGAAGGGAAUGACGAGGCCAAGAUAGCCAUGAUUGUGAGGCUUUUGCAACAGCUGCCUAAGCCAAACAUCCAUCUCCUGCAAUCCCUCUUUCGCUGUUUGUGCAAGAUUUCACAGAAUUCACCCUCGAAGGAGAUGACAAGUUCUAACUUGGCUUGGUGCAUUACUCCGAGUCUUCUACGGCCACCAAUUGCCAGCAUCUUAGAUAAAGGAACAGAAUGGAAGAAAAAAGUUGCUUUUGUACAAUUUUUGGUUGAUCACUGCUUCAAGAUUUUUGGAGAUAAUCUCACCCCUACCAUCAGAGAUAACAUAACACGUAUGGACCACAAAAUAGAAGCUUCAGAAGCAUGCAGUCAUCCAGAAAAUGUGGAAAUGGGAUUCCAUGAGUUGAACACUACAUCUAACCAUCUCACUUCUUCCUCACAUUCUCACCUGAAGCCUGCUCGACAGAAACAUUCCGUUAAAAAGUGGUUUUCUCAGCGUGUCUUUGGUAACAAGCAUAAUAAGGUGGCACCUACUUUGCCCACUUCUAAACAAGCACCACUGUUUGGCUCACCCCUGCAUGACGUGUGUCGCGAUGGCAAGCUGCCAAAGUCAAUUUCAGAUAUGUUUUCCUAUAUUGAUUCAAAGGGCCAAUUUACAGAGGGCAUAUUCAAAACACGUGUCAAUGGCCAAGCAUAUAGAGCCCUGAGAGAAAAACUUAAUUCUAAAGAAUGCGUGGACUGGACAAGUGAGUCCCCCUAUGUAGUGGCAACUGUUUUAAAGGAUUUUCUUCAAAGUAUACCUGGAAGCCUGUUUACAACCAACCUCUAUGAAAAAUUCAUUGAUGCUUUGGAUGAAGGGAACAACGAGGCCAGAACUGCCAUACUUUGCAGGCUUUUAGACCAGCUUCCCAAACUGAAUUUUCAUCUCUUGCAAUCCUUAUUCGUAUGUUUAUACAAGAUUGCACACUCACCGUUAAGUAAGAUGACAUCAUUCGAUUUGGCAUUGUGCCUGACUCCAAGCCUCCUUUGGCUGCCCAUUUCAGGGAGCUCAGGAAGAGGAAUGGAAUGGCAGAGGAAGGUUACACUUAUACAAUAUUUAAUUGAAAACUACACAAGGAUUUUUGGACACAAACUGACUUCCCCCAUGGGAGAAGACAUAGAAAAUCAGGACAACGUCCAGGACACCUCAGAGGAAAUGGAGCGAUCUGUUGACUUUGAGCGUGUGGACAUCACAUUAAUUGACUAAAAGACCCGGAUAUGGAAGAUGGAAAGCCCACAUCUAGAAUGGGCCCAUCUAACUCUACAUUCUACUGAGACAUUUAGUAUUAACAUCUACACAUUUACAUAUGACUUUGCAUACCCAUACUUCUUUUCACACUAAAACUUCUUUAAAACUAUUUACCGGAUUUUCCUAAGGGUGACUGACAUCUUUACCUUUUUUCAAGACAAAAUGGAUUUUCUUGAUAAAGAUUGGUCAUGAAGCACCUUAAAUUCAGACCACCUUUCUGCUUGCCAUCUUACAUGAUCUGUUCUUAAUGGAGUACUCACUGAGCAUCCUCCAACACAGGAGCUCAGAGUGUUACCAUCACUCCUACACAAGGGAACAUCAAACGGCUCCUACAAAAAUGCUAUAAAAAGACAAAAAUGGAAAGGAUAAAAAUGGAAUUUAACAGAUGAGAUUUUUGGUCAAAAAAUUAAAUUCAUGCAUUUGAAAAAUAAUUUGUGUUUUCAUAAACUUUUUCACAAAGUCUGAAAAAAUUUAUGAAAAUACAUCUUAUUGGAAAUAUUUGCAUGAAUUUAAAAUUUUGAACCACUAUCAUCUCAAAUUGUUAAUUCCAUUUUAUGCUUUUCUUUAUUACCUUUUUAUACCUUUCUUUGUGUGCUAUUUGAUAUGCCCUACACAAAUUUAAGAACAUUUUUAUACAAAAUGUGCUUUUAAUGUGUCCAAUCCUACUUUGUUUUUACCAACUAAAAAUCCAUUAAAAUCAGUUCAUACAUUGUUGUGUUACAUCUAUACAUUUUUGAAUAUGCAAAUGAUAUCCCCAAACCAAAAUAAGCUUCCUGAACAAAUAACCUACCUAGUCAAAUUCAUGACUCAAAUAAUUUAGAACUGUUUCAAGACUCAAUAUAUGGCACAAUUAUAAACCAUAAAGCGAUAUUACAAGUGUCUAAGCUUAAAAAUCAGUGGUGCCAUAUAUACUUAAAUGUUCAUUACUACCUAUUUUGACUUUUUAUUAAUAUCUACUUGGCUUUUCCUUAAGAUCUCUUUAUUCAUCAGUACCUCGUUGAUUCAAUUAUUUGAUUAUUUAUGAACACCUAUUUGACCCUUAAUAUCUAUUUGUUCAUCAGUAUCGAUCUGACUGUUCAGAAAUACCUGUUUGAUUCUUAAUAUCUAUUUGUUCACUAUAUAUUUGACUUUCCAGAAAUAUCUAUUUGACUUUUCCUAAUAAUAUUUUUCUAAAAUACCUAUUUUUCUUAUUUAAAAAGUAUUUAAAGGACACAUGUUGAAAUAACCAAAAACAUUGAAUUAUUCUGAAAAUGUAAAUUUUAAUGUACCAAAAUUUAUGCAUUAUAGAAAUACCAUCCCCAAAUCUCAGAUAGUAAAUAGAAUAAGGCACACAGGGCCAAACAUUGGU